AUGGCUCUCCGGCGACCCCAUCGCAAGUCGCGACACGGCUGUGUAGAGUGCAAACGACGCAGGGUAAAAUGUGAUGAAUCUCGACCGUCAUGUUCGAACUGCUCGAAACGCAAGGCCCGAUGCGAAUAUGACUCGUCUGGUUCGUUGCUAUGGGCAGAUGGGAAGGCACAGUCGCAUGCUAGUAGGUCUAAUAAAUCUGCUUCCGAGGGACCUCAAGAGCAAGAGUCGUUUCAUGACAUGGCGAAUUCUUUCGGUGUCCUUGGGAUGCUGGGAGGCCACAGCGCAACGAGUCCAUAUUCGCUGGCGAGUCUGAACCUUUGUGACCUGGAGUUGAUGAUGCAAUGGUGCAAUGCGACCUAUCUGGUGUUCUCUCGGAAUGACCAGACCGAUCCCAUCUGGCGCGCUCGUGUUCCUGAAGAAGCUCUCUUGCACUCGUUUCUUAUGCACGGAAUCCUUGCCAUGUCUGCACUUCAUAUCUCGCGCACCAGAAAUGAUCACCGACGUGCGGACUAUAUCAGCAUCGCUGUCGCACAUCAGGAUCAGGCGCUGGCUUUGUUCCGUGAGCGCCUACACGACAUCAACCCCACGAAUGCAAAGGCCAUGUUCGCAUUUGCAAGCAUUGUGGCCGUCUAUGCCUUUGGCUUUCCCCAUCCGCCGGACUCAAAAGAGCCGUGGGCUCACGUCGAUGAUCUGCUCCAAGUCUUUGUGCUAUCGAGGGGCGUGCAUCAAGUGCUCAGUACGGCAUCGACUUCCAUUAGGGACAGCAACUUUGGGCCAAUCAUACAGUUUGAAGAGUACGAAGUCAUCUUGCCUGAUGAUAUACUUGCGGCGCUGGGGAAACUACGAGAAGCAAACUACACAUUUGGGACUUCAGAUCCGACCCACGAUACGUCUGUGUAUGAAGACACCAUUCACAAAUGGGCAGACAUGACGGGUGCCAUGUACAGUGGUCUAUCCUCUGUUGCUCUUGCCUGUAGAUGGGCAAUCAGGCUGCAACCGAAAUAUGUGGAGUUUCUGCGCAAGCGCAAGCCGCUGGCUUUGGUCAUUUUGGCAUAUUACUGUGCGAUGCUCCAUCGUCUUCGGCAAAAUUGGUGUCUGGAUGAGUGGGGUCCCAGAGUGUCCAAGUCCAUAUGGCUUCUUUUAGAGAAUCAGUGGCGACCUCUGAUUCAUUGGCCCAUGCGGGAUAUUUUCGGCCAGGCAUUCGAGCCGAACUUAACCUGA